CAUGUUGAUCAGGCUGGUCGCGAACUCCUGACCUCAGGUGAAUCGCCUGCCUUGGCCUCCCAAAGUGCUGGGAUCACAGGCGUGAAACACUGCGCCAGGCCUAUGUAUAGUUUUUAAGUGAGGGAACUGAGGUACAAAGAGAAUAGAAAACUUACAAAGACAAUAGAAAACUUGUCCCAGAUCACAUUACUAAGUGACCCAAGGCUGCAUAAGAGAUAAAGUGUACUGCCGCAGCUUGGUUGAGUGCACUGUAUGGUGCCGACAUGCAGACCAAGAAGGGCUUCAGAGAGGAGUACAUUUCAAUGUGGUCUCAUUGGAGGGAUUGUUUAAAAUUCUUGAAAAACUUCAUCUAGCUCGCCUAGAUUCCUUUAGCUAAUUAUUGAGGGGUAAGGAGGUGGCAUCUGGGCAAAACCUUACAAGGUAGAGGGAGGAAGCCAGCUCUCUAUUAGGUUAACAGGAUAGGGCUAUUAAGAGCCUGUUUCCUUUUAUCUUUCACCAUAAUACUCAUCUUUCCCCAGAUCUGCAGAGGGAUCUUUUUAACAUCUUAAAAUCAGUAACAGCCAGAUUAUUCCACAAUAGGCAUUUGUAGAAGCACCCGUACAUUACUUUCUGGGCAACUUAUAGACCUAGGAGUCAGCAAAUAUGGACCAAAUUUGGUCUGCCACUUUUUUUUUUGGUAAAACUGUUUUAUUAAAACACAGGCAAAUUUACAUAUUGUCUAUUUCUGAUUUCAAACUACAAAGGCAAAGUUGAAUGGUUGAGGCAGAGACUAUAUAUCCCAUUUAACCCAUUAAACCUAAAAAAAUUUGCUUUCUGGCCUGUUACAGAAAGUGUUUGCUGACCCUUGACAUUGACAAACUGCUGACAGCUCAGAUGAUCCAUGAUUGGAAGGAUGCGGUCAUCACCAAGAUGUCUUUCUUUCUCUGGCUCCCAGUUUUUCAAGCCUGAAGUGUUUUCCAAUCAAAGUGAAGAGAGACAGUCUGUGGAUGUUGAAUAUGCAAGGAACUGAAGAGAGAGAGAUUAGAAGAGAGACUUGUCCAGGCUGGGUAAACAAGAACAAGCCUGCUCCAGAGCAGGAUGUCUGUAAAACUGAUUCAUCAGGGAUAGUAGCAAAGAGAUUCCAAGAGGAUGAAUACCAAGAUUCUACAUUUGAAGAAAAAUAUGCAUGUGAGGGCAUGAAGGAAAACUCUCCUAGGGAGAUUGCUGAAUCAUGUCUUUUCCAGGAAGGAGGUUUUGGGGGAAUAACUUUCAUCCACAAAGAAGCACCCCCUGAAAUUAUUAGUCAAAACUACAAUUUUGAGAAAAGCUUGCUUUUGACCUCAAGCCUUGUUACACGUCUCAGGGUUUCUACAGAAGAGAGUCUGCAUCAGUGGGAAACAAGUAAUGUACACACCAAUGAUUUUUCCGACCACAGUAAAUGUCCAACUCUCUGCACACAGAAGAAAUCUUGGAAAUGUAAUGAAUGUGGAAAAACCUUUACUCAGGGCUCAUCCCUUACCCAACAUCAGAGAACUCAUACUGGAGAGAGACCCUAUGCAUGUGAGGAAUGUGGGAAAGCCUUUAGUCGUAGUUCAUUCCUUGUUCAACAUCAAAGAAUUCACACUGGAGUGAAACCAUAUGGAUGUGAGCAGUGUGGGAAAACAUUUCGAUGUCGAUCAUUUCUUACUCAGCAUCAAAGAGUUCACACUGGAGAGAAACCUUACAAAUGUAAUGAAUGUGGGAAUUCUUUCCGCAAUCACUCACAUCUCACUGAACACCAGAGAAUUCACACUGGAGAGAAACCUUAUAAAUGUAAUAGAUGUGGGAAGACAUUCAAUCAGAAUACACACCUUAUUCAUCAUCAGAGAAUUCACACUGGUGAGAAGCCUUAUGUAUGCAGUGAAUGUGGCUCUUCUUUUCGAAAACAUUCAAAUCUUACACAACAUCAGAGAAUUCACACUGGGGAAAAACCCCAUAAAUGUGAUGAAUGUGGGAAAACUUUCCAAACAAAGGCAAACCUCUCUCAGCAUCAGAGAAUUCAUACUGGAGAGAAACCCUAUAAAUGUAAAGAAUGUGGCAAAGCAUUUUGUCAGAGCCCAUCUCUUAUUAAACACCAGCGAAUUCAUACUGGAGAAAAACCAUAUAAGUGUAAGGAAUGUGGCAAAGCAUUUACUCAGAGCACCCCACUCACUAAACAUCAGAGAAUACACACGGGGGAGAGACCCUACAAAUGCAGUGAAUGUGGUAAAGCCUUCAUUCAGAGCAUUUGCCUUAUUCGGCAUCAGAGAAGUCACACUGGAGAAAAACCCUAUAAAUGCAAUGAAUGUGGAAAGGGCUUUAAUCAGAACACCUGCCUCACUCAGCAUAUGAGAAUUCAUACUGGAGAGAAGCCCUAUAAAUGUAAAGAAUGUGGGAAAGCCUUUGCUCAUAGCUCAUCUCUUACUGAACAUCAUAGAACUCACACUGGUGAGAAGCUCUAUAAAUGUAGUGAGUGUGAGAAAACCUUCCGCAAGUAUGCACACCUUAGUGAACAUUACAGAAUUCACACUGGUGAGAAGCCUUAUGAGUGCAUUGAGUGUGGAAAGUUCUUCAGACAUAGUUCAGUCCUUUUCAGACAUCAGAAACUUCACAGUGGUGAAUAAUGCUGGCAUUUAGGUUAUGACAGUUUCUCUAGUGAGGAUGACUAUGAAUCUGACUGGGAGUAGAGGGGCAGGUAGAGUUCCUGGAGGGAAGGAAGAAGGAGCCUUGGCUACUGUACUCUGAGAGGAAUGUUUCCAGAAAUGGAGGUGAGAGCUUAGGGAAUGCAGAGCCUACUCGAGGUGGGCAUCUGGGAAUACAGGGUAGAAAGAAAUUCCUGCUUUUCAGAUAAAGCCUACACAUUGCCACUGUCUCCCCAUGUGACUCUUACAGCUUGAGGGGGCAUUUGUUAAGUUAGCACUUCUGCUAACUUUACUACACCCUGCCCCAUCUUCUGACUUAUCACCCAUUUUUGUUGGCUGGCAGGUUGAGAUGUUUUUCUUAAACACUGCCUGUCAGUGUGAAGUGGCACAGUUCUGAUGUAGUGCUAAGUCCAGCCUCCAGAUUUGAGGCAGCCCUGACCAUGCUACCAUGGGGAAAGCUCCCAACCUGUGGAAGUGGUCCUGUAAAGAGGAGACAGAAAUAAGAACCAAAAAAAAAAAUCCAUAUUCAUUCAUUUUAAAAAAGGAGAUAUAAAGCAACAACUGGGCUGACCUCUAUAGAUCUGCCAGUAAAGAAGGUCUUUCCUGAUUCUUCCAAGCUUUGGGGUGACUCAGAGCUAAGAAUGAAACAGGAAACCAAGUUAGAAUUCAUGAUAUUGGUUUAUGGGAAGGCAGUCAUACCUGUUCAGAGAACCAGUAAGACCCAAUAUCUAUCUCAGAGGAAUAAUGGUUACCCAGGAAGGAAAUGGUCUGCUCAAGUGACAAGCCUCAGAACAGGAAGCCUGCAUGCGACUGAGCAAGUCACCUACAUAACCCUGCCUGUGCUAAGGUGUACACCUGUCUGUUGUAACUUUGCCUAGGCUCUUGGUGUACAGAGACCAGAGGAGAGAGACCCACUAGGACUAACAGCAUCUUAACAAAGUGAUAGUUAGUUUGUUGGUCUUUAGGAGAAAGCAUUAGUAAUGAAAGAAGAUAGAAUUUUCAGUUGAUUGGACGUUGGGGCCGCUUAAGAAAGUGUUGACAUUUGUCGUGGAAUGAUUUUGGAAAGACUUCUAAAAGAAUCUUUUUCAAAUCCCUGAAAAUCAGGAUAGUACAUUUUGCCACUGACUGUGAGAGUAUUUUAUUCUUUUGAGAGAAAUGACAUAGUUUUCCCUUUAUUUCCCAAAUUCCUUUCAUGUUCUUAACUGCUACCCAGAAAUUGAGCUCCAGAAGAUUGAGGAUAGCCUUUGACUGGUAUUUAAAAUAGUUUCUAAGCUGUGAAGCUUAUAGCAUUUUUAAAGUGUGGCUAUUAAAAACACUAAAUUAAGUUGAU